AUGGUCGCGUGGGAGAACUUCAAUGGGAGAUCAGACACAGUAUUUUGUGGAGUUUUUGAUGGUCAUGGUCCACAUGGCCAUCUCGUCGCGCGGAAAGUAAGAGAUACUCUCCCUUUGAAGCUGUGUGAUUUGAUAUAUGAUGACUAUGGGGAGAGCCCAACCAGCAAUUCAGAUGGAUCAGUUUUAGAAGAGAGUUUAUCUCCAUACCCAGAUGCAGAGGACAAGUCUCCCACAUUCACCGCACAGAAAGAAGAACAUCUAGAAUUCUUUGACUCAAUGAAAGAGUCUUUCCGAAAAGCUUUUAGAGUUAUGGAUAAGGAGCUUAAAUUACAUCGGAACAUAGAUAGCAUUUGCAGUGGAACUACCGCAGUUACUUUAAUUAAACAGGGUCAGGAUCUUAUUGUCGGGAAUCUAGGUGACUCUAGAGCUGUAUUAGGCACUAGAGAUCAGAACGGUCAUUUGGUUGCCCAUCAGUUGACAGUUGACCUGAAACCUGAUCAUCCAAGUAAAUAUCUUUCACUCUCAAGUUUAAAUUAA